UAGUGGCAGGAAGUCGACGUUAUAUUUUGACGUUUCCGUCUCCGGCAGACAUAUUGCUUACCGGAGCAAAUUCUGGAAAGCUAGAAGUGGGAAAGGAUUUAAAAUUGAAUCACGUCUUCACAACUUAGCACAAUAAACCCGCAUAGGACACAAUGGAGCCGUCAGCCAGUCCGGCCAAGGAUAACUACAGGAUGAACCGAUACAAGAACAAAGCACUGAAUGCAGAUGAGAUGAGGCGCAGGAGAGAGGAGGAGGGCAUCCAGCUCAGGAAACAGAAACGAGAACAGCAGCUUUUCAAACGGAGGAAUGUGGACAUUCUCAAUGAAGAAGAAGUCAUGUUAGAGAGCCCACUGGUGGACUCUUACCUCAGCUCUCCAGUAACUGAAGGAGUUAUUACCAGGGACAUGGUAGAGAUGCUUUUCUCAGAGGACCCAGAGCUUCAGCUUGCUACAACACAGAAGUUCAGAAAAUUACUUUCCAAAGAGCCUAACCCACCAAUUGAUGAAGUUAUAAACACACCUGGAGUAGUGGAGAGGUUUGUGGAGUUCCUGAAGAAGAGCAGCGACUGCACACUACAGUUUGAAGCCGCCUGGGCGCUUACCAACAUUGCGUCGGGAACAUCCUUGCAGACAAAGACGGUGAUUGAGGCCGGAGCAGUGCCGAUCUUCAUAGAACUGCUGAACUCUGAUUUUGAGGAUGUUCAAGAACAAGCUGUGUGGGCCCUCGGUAAUAUUGCAGGGGACAGUGCAGUGUGCAGGGACUAUGUGCUGAACUGCAACAUCCUUCCACCACUAUUAAUGCUUCUGACAAAGUCCACUAGACUGACUAUGACUAGGAAUGCAGUAUGGGCUCUGUCUAAUCUGUGCAGAGGAAAAAACCCACCACCUGCUUUUGACAAGGUGUCACCCUGCCUGCCAGUGUUGUCCAGGCUAUUAUUUAGCAGUGACCCAGACUUGCUGGCAGAUGCCUGCUGGGCUCUGUCCUACCUCUCAGACGGCCCCAACGAUAAGAUCCAAGCCGUCAUUGAUUCUGGUGUCUGCAGGCGUCUUGUAGAACUACUCAUGCACACUGACUAUAAAGUGGCUUCACCUGCCUUGAGAGCUGUAGGAAACAUUGUCACAGGAGAUGAUAUCCAAACACAGGUGGUGUUGAACUGCUCAGCCCUGCCCUGUCUGCUUCACCUCCUCAGCAGUGCUAAAGAGUCCAUUCGCAAAGAGGCAUGCUGGACCAUCUCAAACAUCACAGCAGGAAACCGAGCACAAAUACAGACGGUAAUCGAUGCAAACAUCUUUCCAGUACUGAUUGACAUUCUGCAGAAAGCUGAAUUCAGAACCAGGAAAGAGGCAGCCUGGGCCAUCACCAAUGCCACGUCUGGAGGAACACCAGAGCAGAUCAGAUAUCUGGUGAACCUGGGCUGUAUUAAGCCCCUGUGUGACCUGCUCACUGUGAUGGACUCAAAGAUUGUUCAGGUUGCUCUCAACGGACUAGAAAACAUCCUGAGACUGGGCGAGCAGGAAGCCAAACAGGAGAACAACGGCACCGGAGUUAAUCCUUACUGCAGCCUCAUUGAAGAAGCCUAUGGUCUUGACAAAAUAGAGUUCCUCCAGAGUCACGACAACCAGGAGAUUUACCAGAAGGCCUUUGACCUAAUUGAGCACUACUUUGGUGUGGAGGACGAGGACAGCAGUCUUGCCCCUCAGGUGGACCAGGCCAACCAGCAGUUUCUCUUCCCUCAGCAGGAGGCCCCCAUGGAAGGCUUUCAGCUAUAAGUCAGCCACCCUUUCCUCUCCAUACCUCCUCUCAUGGAUGGCUCCUUUUUACCACCGUGCCACCCUCCCUGAACCUCCACUAAAUCACCAUGAGGCCACACCCCCUACCCUUUGGAGGAAUGCUAAAAUUGUACCGCUCUCCAGCCUGAAGAUGCCUCGCCCACUUUCAUUGUUUCCAAUCAGUGUACUGACCUCCUGCAGGGCAGACUCUCAUGUUUCCUGGCUGAGGGGAGGGCGCCACACAAACUCCCAUUACAGCUAGAAGAGGAAGUAAUCACCAGUGUGUGAGUCCUCCCUGGCUUCAAAACGCACACCCAGACAUCUUCCUGUCAUUUGACAGCGCUUAGAUUCUCUCAUUGGCGGCAGUGGUGAUUUGUUAGUGUCUUUAUAUACACUUUCAUUUCUUUUCCAACCGGAAAUCUUCUGUUUUCAGGAUUAUCCAUACAGAGUGUGCAGACUGGGGUGCAUGAGCAGAAUCUGCCCAACUCUUCGUGUCACUAUGACUCAGUGCAAUUCAAAAAAUACUUAACAUGAUCCCUUUUUUUUUUUUCUCCUCACCCUUUAUUUAUCUGCCUCCGCCCCUUUUUAUUUUUAAAUUAUUUUAAUUUUUUAGUUUUAUUUUUAGUGCUUGUGAUAUUUUCUUUUGCUUUGCCUGCUCCCAGUCAGUAGGCUUAGGCCUGCUCUCUGCAUAUCUGCUCAAGGUGAGAAGAAAAAAUAAUCUUUAUGGGGUUUAGAGCCACAGAUGUAAACCCCAAAGUUUGUCGCCCUGAGUUGGAUGCCCAAGCUAGGAAGCAUGAUUUGUUUUUGGGUUUUUUUUGUUUGUUUGUUUUUUAAGCGGGUGGCAAGAAGGGUGAAACUUUAUCAAACAGAAGGGCUGUGAAUGUUUUUUUUGUUUGUUUGUUUUUUGUUUUUUCGAAGAGGUUAUGUUAAAACAUCUAGAAAAAAUAUCCAGGUUUUGAGGGUGAAAUAGUUAGAGAUCCAAUGUUCGUAGUGUGCCGUGUUAUUAAUAACAUUUGAAUUAUGAAGUGAUCUAACUAUUAAAAAAGGCAUAGUUGGGGAUUUAGGAGGAGAAGAGCUGUUGGCAGCAAAAGCAGCAAGAAUUAAGAGCCUGGGGACGAUGUCUUGAACCCCAGUGUUAACUGGUUGUUGCUGGCCUGCUAGCCCCCUCCACUUCCCCUGGUGUAUGUGGUAGGGUUUUUGCAUGGUGUUAUAUUACCCUGCCUACAGCCCUGAGCAUCCCUGGCCAAACACUACAAGGAGUCGUUGCUUCUUUGUAAACAGCAUUUGGAGUCGAAAGCAGGAACCGGGCCGGAUUCGGUGCUGUUAACAGUGAUUGUGUAUUGACGGUGGUGGUGUCGUGUAUAGUGGUAGAGUUUAUCUAUAAUCUAUGGCAUUCUAUAUCACUAUAUAUUUUUGAGGAAUGGCAGUGACAUAAUGAUUUUGCAUGGGUUCAUUGUAAUAUGUAUCGAUGUAAAUUGCCUAUUCUCUGCCUGGCAGGGACGGUCUGCACCGCUUCCUCGUGUGUCUAACGACAAAUGGUGUUUAGCCGGGGAUGGAGCUCAAAGAAAUAACAAGCCUAACUGCAACAGAAAUUCAAGUAUAAGUGUAUAUUUGAAUUUUGGUGUAUUUGCAUUAUAUAAAUAUAUAUAUAAAUAUAUUUGCGCACACUUCAUGCACACUUGCAUACACCAGCAGACACACUGUACACACACUGUACACACACCUCACACAGAUGAGUGGCUAGUAGUAACUAAAAUGGUUUCCAUAAUCUUUGGAUUUAAAAAGAACUAAAUUUAAAAGAAUUUGUUUUGAAGUUUUGAUUCUCCAAAAUGUGAACAUAUUGGAUGUUUUUUGUUUUUUACUUAUUAUUUUAUAUUUAAAAAAAAUCCUGCUUUUUGGAGCAGAUGAAGGGUUAUUUCCCAAAAUCCUAAGGAUUGCUUUGAAACUGUUUUAGUUGUUUCUAGCCUUGUGACUUCUGAUGGUUAAAGUGAGUCCUGUAAACUCUGACCUGAAGUCGGUUUGACCUCUAACAGAAGCUGGUCUCAGGUCAGCGCUCAGGCUUUGUGGAUGGAGCUGAACUGUGGUUGUGUGAUGUUUGACUUACGGGGCACUCUGUGGGGGAGGGAUCGAUUGACUCAGUGACUAGGUCCCAAUCAGAGUCUGGGAGCCCUCUGUUCUGUGGAUUACUGAAGCAUCUCCAACUUAAGACCAUGAACCUCUACAUUAAGUCUUUGUCAGCGAGAUUAGGAAUAGAUCAGUCUGCUUAAUAGCAAAUAUAUUUUGACAAAAGCAAUUCUUUCUUAUUGGGUAAAAAACAAAUUAAAUUCACAGGCAUAUUUUUCCAUUUUGAAGUGUGUGUUAAUCUUCUGUCUCAGUGGAUGACACCGUCAUGGGAGACUUCUAUUGGUUCAUAGCUUGGGAGGGGUGUUAUGUGGUGUUAGGCACUCUUGGGUGUUGUGAAGUGCAGUGAGAGUUAAAACCUCUCCUAUGUUUGUUGUGUGGUUGCUUACUGUGAGACAGACAUUUGCAGUCGGUCGGUAUCCGUCAUUACUUUUAGAGGAAUUAAUCCUUGUUGGGAAAUUUUUGUUGCAGGCUGACAAGCUGUAAUUGACUCCACCUGCGCUGUUAUCUCUCUUGCUACUGCGCUACAUUUUGUACUCCGGACCUUCGCCCUCACACACGACUACAGACUGAACUCUGGUGACAGAAAAAAUCACGAGAGAGAGUUUUUCAAGGCAAAAAAUGCCACACACAGAAAAUUCUUUACGAUUUAUCAUGAAUGAAUACUGAACAAAUAAAGUCUGUUGUUGUGAUGCACAACCUUUCACCAGACCAGCACAUUUUAACCGGGUGUUGCUGCACAGACAGAUCGGCAAUUUCACUUUCAGGAUUGUUCCACUCUGACUUCCAGCGUAGAUCGGCAGUAGAGCACGUGAUGGUGACAAGAUUUUUGUGUUUGCACGUUGGGUUUGCAGUGUUGUCCACAGAACGCGUGUCCUCCCAGUAGAUGUAAAAGGUUGAAUCAAGAGUUAUAUGAGGAUCAAGAACUUGCUUCUACACUCCUCAUGUGUAGGGGCAGCAUUUACGACUGAAGUCUUUGAUUUGAUGGCCAAGUCUGUGCUUGGCCAGCAGAUGAUAACAGAAUUUGCAGUUUUUAAAAAUAUUAAUAAAUAAAUCAGUGAAUCAACCGGGGGGGGGAUAAAGUGUAAAAUAAAAAUGCACUCCUAUUCACAAAAGUGCCAAUCCGACCAACAAAGACUAGAGGUUCUUAUGUAUCUGUCUUUGACUUAAACAUUUGUUUUUCUUUAUAUCUUUUAUUUACUUGAAUGUUGCACAUGUUUUUUUGUGCAAAAACAUUGCUGCUCUAUUUUUCUUAUCUUUAAAGUUACAUGAUUUCCCAUGGUUUGUUUGGAUAAGUGGCAUUCUUUACUGUGGGCGCCUAUAAAAAGGAAAAAAAAAAAAAAAGGAAUUUAAUUAAAGAAAGCCAAUUGUCCUCUGUCGGGGGGGUAAAGGACUAAACGAACGAAUCAAACUGGUCUUUUCCAGCUGCUGUCCAUUGGUGUGAUGGUCCCCUCUGUAACAGUCUUCUAAUAGUUUUCACUGUGCACAGAUGAGCAGUGGGUUCAUAUUCAUGAUGUCACGACCUGCAGCCAGUCGCCCUCUGCAAAAAAAAAAAAAAAAAAAAAUUCUGCACUGAUACAAACUUUGUAAUGAUGUGGCACAUAAUGCAAAUAAUGGAAUCCUAAGCAGCUGUCAGGGCAGACAGAUGCAGGUACUGACCUAACUGUCCACGUUAGUUUACCAAAGUUUUGUCCUCAAGAAGGCUGAAAAAUUUCCUUGAUGUUUAGUUUGUAUGACUUUAUGUGAUUGGCUUGUGUCGACCCGGUCAGAAUGACUGACAGAUUCCUUCAGGCCGUUUAAACCUUGCCUCUCUUCAUUAGAAGCCGCACUAGAUGGCAUGCUCUCUCACUCCUGAGUUUUCUUUUCUCUUAAAUUCAGGCGCUCUUUAAGGAGUUGGAAAAAUGUGCAGAUUAAUCCAGAAGACUGCAAUAAAACAUUGUCCAAAAAAAAAGAAAAUCAGCCACCCCGAGAGGCAAAGGCCCACCUACAGGAAGAGCAGCUCUCACAGGUGACACUCCUUCCACUGGGUGGAGCGAACACAGGCUACUACUUGACAUUUUUCUAAGAUAAAAACAAAAGAAGUUUAAAUAAAUCUGGGAUUCAGAAAUAGUACAAUGAUUUACAUUAAAAGUAUUAUAAUUUAAACUAUAUGUAUGUUCUGAUACAUUGACAGGGAUUCAGAUGUAAUUCUAAUCACUUCUAAGAAGUGGAGAAAAAGCCUCAUUAGAACAUGUCACACGAAAAAAAAAAAAAAAAAUAGGUGGUGAGGAUACAAGCUUCUCUUUUUUGUUUUUGCUUUUCUUGAUCUUUUUCCUGAUCAGGAUAUUCUGGGCUAUAUUUUUGGAUAAAUGUGUUUAAAGUUCCUCGUCAGGCUGCGUGAUCAGGAAUCUUGUAAUCUAUCGGGGAUUGAACAGAAAUCACUAAAAAUCACAAAUCUGACGUGUCUUCCGUCCUAGGAGCUGUUGGUGUCUUUAUCAAAAUCUAAAGCAACGUCUACGCUACAAAUGUUUACAAUGCUUCGUGUUUGUAAUAAUACUUUUCAUAUGCCAUCACUGACCAGUCGUGCUUCUGCUCUGGUCCUCUCAUUUCUUUUACACGUAUUUAUUUUCUCUAUUCUUGUUUAUGGUUUUUCAUUUGCUCCAAACGACCCAUCUUUAAACUGUGACUCGACUUGACUUUUACCGACGGUAUGAAUGAGCGACGAGAAACUAGUACACUUCAAAACUGAACAUGACACACAAACAUGAACAUGAAGAAAAGAUGCAUACAGGAAAUGGCAACAAUAUAAAAAAUGUAAAGAAAUCAUAGAGUUAAAAAAAAACUGUUCAGUGGAAAUAUUGUACAAAUCCAAUAAAGUUAUGUUGCAACCCUUUAA